AUGGCUUUUCUAGCAACCUUAUUCAUUUCUAUUUCUUUCUUUCUUCUUAGCUUAUGCCUUAAAGUCACUUUUGCUGACUACGGAGGUGGAUGGGAAAGUGCCCAUGCCACAUUUUAUGGUGGUGGAGAUGCCUCAGGCACAAUGGGAGGGGCUUGUGGUUAUGGAAAUUUGUAUAGUCAAGGCUAUGGAACCAACACUGCUGCACUAAGCACUGCUCUUUUCAACAAUGGAUUGAGUUGUGGGUCUUGCUAUGAGAUGAAAUGUGAGAGUGACCCCAAAUGGUGCCUUCCUGGAAGCAUAUUGGUCACUGCCACAAACUUUUGCCCACCAAACUUUGCAGAGUCUAAUUCUAAUGGUGGAUGGUGUAACCCUCCUCUUCAACACUUUGAUCUUGCUGAGCCUGCUUUCUUACAAAUUGCUCAAUACAAGGCUGGAAUAGUUCCUAUCUCCUUCAGAAGAGUCCCAUGUGUGAAGAAAGGAGGAAUAAGGUUCACAAUCAAUGGACACUCAUACUUCAACUUAGUUUUGGUAACAAAUGUGGGUGGAGCUGGAGAUGUUCAUUCUGUAUCCAUCAAAGGAUCAAACACCGGAUGGCAAACCAUGUCAAGAAACUGGGGACAAAAUUGGCAAAGCAACAACUACCUUAACGGUCAAAGCCUUUCAUUCCAAGUUACUACAAGUGAUGGCAGGGUUGUCACUAGCAACAACGUUGUACCUAGUAAUUGGCAAUUUGGACAGACAUUUACAGGGGCACAAUUCUAG